UUAAAACCAAACGGAAACUGGAUUCACCUCAAAAACCUUUCGACCACUCCGCCGCUAACUCUCCUCCUCUCCAGCGAAUUCAGCUUCUGUUUCUCCGAGGGAAUCAAAGUAAUGGAAUCUGCAACCAAGCAUGCUAUUGUGGUGAAAGUCAUGGGCCGCACAGGAUCAAGAGGGCAGGUGACUCAGGUGAGAGUCAAGUUCUUAGAUGACCAGAACCGGUUUAUCAUGAGAAACGUCAAGGGACCAGUCAGAGAGGGAGAUGUUCUCACACUUCUGGAGUCUGAGAGGGAAGCCAGGAGGCUGCGCUGAGCGUUUCAUUUGUUCUAGAGAUGGUUUUGAUUACCUUGAUACUAUGAUAGCUAUCGUUUUAGUCCUUUAAGAAAAAUGUUUGGUAUCGUUUUCAGGACCUAUGUUAAGUGUGCAGUAGCGUUGAGUAUUUCUCUCUUGCAAGUUAUUGCUGGAAAAUGUUGUGAUGAUUGAUUGGUAUCCUUUUUUUUCCCUCACAAAAUGUUUUGCUUCUCAUCGA